CGGCGGCAAAAGCCACCCUCCGUCUUCCUCCCCACCGUCUUCCAUCCGUUCUCGGAGAUUCCCCCCACUCGCUCACCGUCUCCCCCAUUUCCUCCGAGAAUCAAGGAAGCGGCCAACUACCACGAACCAGCACUAGGAGGGAAACCUGCCGCUGCCGGGAAGAUAAGGAUGCUGGAAGGCAAGGCGCUGGUGGAGGACACGGACAUGCCGGCGCGGAUGCAAGCGGCGGCGACGUCAGCCGCGUCCCGCGCCCUCGACCUCUUCGACGUCGACGACUGCCGCGCCAUCGCCGGCCACAUCAAGACGGAAUUCGACCGGCGGUACGGCGUGGGGUGGCAGUGCGUGGUGGGCGCCAGCUUCGGGUGCUUCUUCACCCACUCCAGCGGCACCUUCAUCUACUUCUCCCUCGAGCGCCUCACCUUCCUCCUCUUCAAGGCCGCCGCUGUCGCCGCCGCGGCCUCCUGUGAGACGUCGUCGGCCGUAUCUUGAUCUCCACAUGUCCAACCAACGUGGAGAGCCACAUUCCUCCCGUUCAGAAUCAGAAUCAGAGUUCAUGCCAGCAUGCUGUGCCAAACUCAAACGUGCCAGAUUUUGUACACCAAAUUGCAGAACGUUGCCGAUCGCCUUGAUGUUAUUAUCUUUGUUCAAGGUUCUGCCGAUCGUGAAGGUGCAUUUUGUUGGGUUGAUCGUAGCAUUCAGUUCAGUUUAUUCCGCCCGAAAUUAGGAAAUACUAUAUCUGUCCUCCAUCGUGAUUCAAAUCAGCCAAUCUGUUUGCCCCUAUAUUUUUCUAAUCAGUGGGACUGUUGUUUCUUCUGAUAAAUAUAUGUUCAAGUUGCGUCGCAUCCGACUUGACAUGACCCACCUUUGA